AAUUUGUUCGCCAAUCAAUCCUCAACCAUCUUCAGAGUGCCCCUCAGCAGAUCCAAAUGGAAGCCGGACCUACACCUGAUGCAGCUCUGAGUCGAAGGCUGACAAACAUUCGACAUAUCCUACUUGUCCUCUCCGGCAAAGGUGGAGUUGGAAAGUCAUCAGUCUCAGUACAAAUCGCACUUUCUUUAUUGCACUCGCGGCCUGGUGUACGUGUCGGACUUCUGGAUAUCGAUCUCACUGGGCCAUCCAUUCCUCGCAUGCUGGGACUCCAGGGUCGGUCAGUCUUUCAAUCCAACGAUGGAUGGAUUCCCGUUCAAGUCGAUCUUGCCAAGGAUCUACAAGCCAACAACGAGGAUGCGGUUGCCUCGGAUGGUCUCCUGAAAUGCAUGAGUAUUGGAUUCCUGCUAAAGAAUCCUCAAGACAGCGUUGUAUGGAGAGGGCCGAAGAAGAAUGCAAUGAUUCGCCAGUUUCUAGUGGACGUACAAUGGGGCGAAUUAGAUUGGUUGAUCGUGGACACACCGCCCGGUACAUCCGACGAGCACAUCUCACUACUCGAACAGCUGGCACCCGCCCUCAUCGCACGUUCGUCCUCAGAUUCACCGAAUGCAAGACUACCAACCUUGUCUUCCGUCUUGGUGACUACUCCGCAAGCAGUCUCUCUAGCAGACGUGUCCAAAGAACUCGACUUUGCACGUAAAACUGGUCUGACGGUUAUCGGCCUGAUCGAGAACAUGAGCGGAUAUCUAUGUCCCCAUUGUAAGGAGAUUCAACAUGUAUUUGGUGGUGGGGGUGGUGAAGCAUUCUGUGCUCAAGUUCCGAUCGACGUGGAGUUUAUGAAGUUGAUGGAUCAGGCGAUGUGGACAGAUCCAAACAAAGAGCCUCGAGAUGGUAGUGACGUGUCACAAACACAAGAAACUCAGCAUGUCAAUUGGGACUUGAUUCGGCGGUACGCCGAGGUCCCCAGCUCGAAAAUUCUCGGACAGAUCUGCAAGAAGAUUACUGAGUCAUGGAAUAUACACAAGACAAAUGUCCAAAUUAGGAUGGUAACCUCCACAAAAACAUCCAUCAGCAACCCUCAAUCAACCUCCUGUGACACUGGCAAUUCUGAGUGAGGCUGUUAAUCAAGAGAAAUCGACUGUAAGCUUGCAAAGGUGGGCCAAACUGUGUAUCCCAAAGACAAGUUGACAUAUACCAUGCAGUUUUGAUGUCUAAUUGAUUAUAGAUGUUCUGGACAUAUAGCCAAUUCCUCAAAGAAAGGUCAUAAUUUGGUGGAUAAUGAUUAAAUGACUGGGAUACUGUGGCAGUGUAAUCUCCUUCAGCAUGCUCACUUAGAAAUUCACUUCCUUAAGUGAUGUGGGGCAUCAUACUUUGUUUUGGGGUAUGGCAGCUUAUCUUCACCUCUCUUGUGCUAGUCUUUAUCUACUUGACAACAAUCAACUCAAGUUGUCCAAUCUAACUUCUUGAUAUAAGCAAGCAAAAAGCCAAAAUACCAAUUGGAGUUGAAAAUGAAAUGUG